UACCCAUAUAGAAAUAAAGAAUCCUACCUCUCAAUCUACUUAAUACUUGCUCUUAAUUCUCUCUAGUAUUUGCGAGGAUGUUGGACUCCGAGAAGAAUCCAUUGCAGAGUGUACUCAAAACUUUGGACAAAAUUUCCAGUUUCAUCCAAAUUCACCUCUCAAAUUUCAUGGUUCCAUCACCAUCACCCUCCACCAAAUCACCUCUCUUCUCUCUCUAUCACUCUUCCAAACUCAAUCCUUGGGAUAGAGACUCCCUCCCUUCCAUACCGCUCAAAGACACAAAGGAAAAAUCAGCUGGACCGGUUUCGAAAGAAGAGCUUGGAAGGGCAACAUGGACAUUUCUUCACACUCUUGCCGCCAGGUAUCCAGAUAAUCCAACAAGGCAGCAGAAGAAAGAUGUUAAAGAAUUGAUGGCGAUACUAACUAGGAUGUACCCUUGCAAAGACUGCGCAGAUCACUUCAAAAAAGUUUUGAGUGGAAACCCUGUACAAGCUGGAUCUCACACUGAGUUCUCCCUGUGGCUUUGUCAAGUGCAUAAUGUUGUUAACAGAAGUAUUGACAAACCAAUAUUCCCAUGUGAGCGGGUUGAGGCAAGGUGGGGCAAGUCAGAAUGCCCGGAGCGUGAAUGUGAUGUACUAGGAAGUACAAUUGAUUUUUGACUCUAAAUUAUCCUGGUAUGACUGAAAUUAUUGUUGGACUGUCCAUGAUACUAUUAUUUGUACAUUACUAUCUACCACUCGUUAACAUUUAUACGAGUGUAUAUAUUGUUGACAUCUCAUAGAAGUGGUAGUAAUUCCUCCAAUGUUUCAUACAAGCUGUUUUUAUAAAGGCAGCUUAAGAUCAUAAUAGAGUUUCUUUAUGAAGCAA